GCCUCCACACCAAGGUCCAUGCUUUCCUGGGGCCCUGAUUCCUGAGGGCCUCCUGAUGCCUGCCUCUUCCCCAAGCCCCAGCAUCUACCCUGGCGGCCUGCCUGAGCUGGGGGGAGGAUCCGGGAUUCUGACGUGUGCCAAAACGCCCUGCUCCCCGUGUGUGGGGUGUCUGCUGGUGUGGAGGAGCUGCCCCGUCCUCCUCACACUGACCAGAGGCCUCAAUCACACUGGCUGGGGUCAGCAAGAGGCCCCAGCCUAAGAAGAGAGGGACAAAACCCUUCUUGGUGAGGAAGGGGUCCUACUUGGGGUUAUGUUUCAGCAUCUGUCCCAGGAGCUUGCUUUGCUAGUGUUGUGGGGCCUGGAGCAGAGACAGCCCAUAGUGGACCUGGGUGGAAAACCCUGGCUAUGCAGAUAGGUGCCCCUCCUGCCAUUGGUCAUUCCCUGCAGGACAGCUCCUUCCACACGAGGGUCUUUCCUGGAGCUACUGGAAACAGCACCUAAAGUGCUGUUUCCUAGAGGUGGGGGUGGGGCUACAUACCCUAUAGGGGUGAAAGGUCUGGGGUCAGACUUUUGAAGUACCUCCAACGUCCUACCAUCUUCACAGCUACUGAGGUGUUCUUGCUCUUUGGGCCUUUAUCCUUCUGAGGCCUAGCUGCCAGGAUUAAUGGCUCCGUGGUUCUGGGCUUUAGAGUAGCCGGUGUAAGGGUUGCUGUGGUAACAUCCCUAGUCUGUAACCUCUGUUGAAGGGGGUCUACCUGCUUACCCCAGGAAAUAUGGCCCCUUUCUAUCUCAGCUGCAGCCUUGCCCCUUGGGGGCUCUGCCCCAAUACCCAAGGUUCUGCCUGGGCCCCACAGUGCCCUCCUGGGGCUGCAGCCCCCACUGUCACUGGCCAGCGCUGUGGCUGCAGGAGCUUUCUCUGCCCUUGGCUGAUUGCCCUGUUGGCCUUGGCAUCCAUAGGUGGGGCCCUGGCGCCUUUUAGGCUGCCCUACUGCGGAUGGACCAGCAUGUGUGGCAGGCAGGGGCUUCCCCAAAGAGAGGGCGUGGGUGCUGAAGCCUCAACUCCAGGAGAAGGGCGUGCGCAGGAGGGGCUUGCGUGCCGCCUGUGGCUGUUUCCCAGCUGCUGUCCCUUCGGGAGGAGCAGCUAUGCCGCCAGGGAGGGAGUCAGGGUUGGGGGAACUGGGAUGCGGUGAGUAGGCGAGGGGUACAAGGCGCUGUGGCUAAUCUGUCCCCAUCCUGGGAGUGCGUCUAUCCGCGUGCAGGGCACGCCUGUGUUUCGGCCACGCGUGCGGCAGGGGCGGGCGGCUCCGUGACGCGGCACCAGGCGGAGCGGGCGGAGCGCACGGGCCGGGGCGGAGCGGAGUCAUCCGCAGAGCAGCCCCUCCCGGCCGUGGCCGUCGACCCCGGCCCCCGGCCCCGGCUCUAUGGACAGAAGCUCGCUGCUGCAGCUUAUUCAGGAGCAGCAGCUGGACCCUGAGAACACAGGCUUCAUCGGUGCGGACACCUUCACUGGCUUGGUGCACAGCCAUGAGCUGCCCCUGGAUCCAGCCAAGCUGGACAUGCUGGUGGCCCUGGCCCAGAGCAACGAGCGGGGCCAGGUCUGCUACCAGGAGCUGGUGGACCUGGUCAGUGCUACAGUGGAUCAGCAGCAAGCGUUCCAGCAGUUUUAAACGGGCCAUCGCCAAUGGACAGCGGGCACUGCCCCAGGAUGGGAUGCUAGAUGAGCCAGGCCUGGGUGUCUAUAAGCGGUUUGUGCGCUACGUGGCCUAUGAGAUCUUGCCCCGAGAGGUGGACCGCCAUUGGUACUUCUAUCGGCACCGCAGCUGCCCACCACCUGUGUUUAUGGCCUCGGUCACCCUGGCCCAGAUCAUCGUGUUCCUGUGCUAUGGGGCCCGCCUCAACAAGUGGGUGCUGCAGACCUACCACCCUGAGUACAUGAAGAGCCCCCUCGUAUACCAUCCUGGCCACCGUGCCCGGGCCUGGCGCUUCCUCACCUACAUGUUCAUGCACGUCGGGCUGGAGCAGCUGGGGUUCAACGCACUCCUACAGCUAAUGAUUGGGGUGCCCCUGGAGAUGGUGCACGGCCUGCUCCGCAUCAGCCUGCUCUACCUGGCUGGCGUGCUGGCAGGUUCCCUGACUGUCUCCAUUACUGACAUGCGGGCCCCUGUGGUGGGGGGCUCUGGCGGAGUCUACGCCCUGUGCUCUGCACACCUGGCCAACGUCGUCAUGAACUGGGCUGGGAUGAGGUGUCCCUACAAGCUGCUGAGAAUGGUGCUGGCCCUGGUGUGCAUGAGCUCCGAGGUGGGCCGGGCUGUGUGGCUGCGCUUCUCCCCACCACUGCCUGCCUCGGGCCCACAGCCCAGCUUCAUGGCGCACCUGGCUGGUGCAGUGGUGGGGGUCAGCAUGGGCCUGACCAUCCUGCGCAGCUAUGAGGAGCGCCUCCGGGACCAGUGCGGCUGGUGGGUGGUACUGCUUGCCUAUGGCACCUUCCUGCUCUUCGCCAUCUUCUGGAACAUCUUCGCCUAUGACCUGUUGGGUGCCCACAUCCCCCCACCACCUUGAGGGGUUCCUGGGGGCCUCAUGGGCUAGGGCAUGGCCUGCAUGUCCACCUUCUGUGAAUGUACAUCUCAAGACUGCUUCUCCAUGAGGGCAGAUGGCCCCUGUGGCCUGCUGAGUCCAGGCCAAGCCUUACACCAGCUCUGGCCCCCCUGCCAGGCCUGGGUGGGGGUUAGGACUGCUGGGCCAGGCCGGGCAGUGGAGGUCCCAAGGGUGGCCUCAGAGGUGACCCUAUCCUGGCCUUUCCCCCCCAGGACUUGCAGUCUGAGCCUUUUUGGAGAAUAAAUAAAUAUUUUACACAGCA